CGCUUGGCUGCCUGGGGUUCGUGCACUCUGGCGCGCAAGUGCGCGGGAGCUCGGCGGCGCGAAGCCGGGAGGAACCCUGCGAUCCCCGCGCUAGCAUAGCUGUGCUUCGGUAGUCAGCUCCAGAAGUGGCUUUCGCCCUGUCCAAGCAGUCUUCAGACAUGGGUGGUGUGCUGCUCCAGCCGCCGCUGUCCAUGCUGAUGCUGGUGCUGAUGCUGCUGCCAGUGGCCAGUGCCUCAGAAGCUGAGCACCGCCUGUUCCAGUACCUGUUCGAAGAUUAUAACGAGAUCAUCCGGCCAGUGGCUAACGUGUCCCAUCCAGUCAUCAUCCAGUUUGAGGUGUCCAUGUCUCAGCUGGUGAAGGUGGAUGAAGUAAACCAGAUCAUGGAAACCAACCUGUGGCUGAAGCAAAUAUGGAAUGACUACAAGCUGAAGUGGAAACCCUCUGACUACCAAGGGGUGGAGUUCAUGCGAGUCCCUGCAGAGAAGAUCUGGAAACCGGACAUUGUGCUUUACAACAAUGCUGAUGGGGACUUCCAAGUGGAUGACAAGACCAAAGCACUACUCAAGUACACAGGAGAAGUGACUUGGAUCCCUCCUGCCAUCUUUAAGAGCUCAUGCAAAAUCGACGUGACCUACUUCCCUUUCGACUACCAAAACUGCACCAUGAAGUUCGGCUCCUGGUCCUACGACAAGGCAAAGAUCGACCUGGUCCUCAUUGGCUCCUCAAUGAACCUCAAGGACUACUGGGAAAGCGGUGAGUGGGCCAUCAUUAAAGCCCCGGGCUACAAACAUGAGAUCAAGUACAACUGCUGUGAGGAGAUCUACCAAGACAUCACGUACUCUCUCUACAUCCGCCGCCUCCCGCUGUUCUACACCAUCAACCUCAUCAUCCCUUGCCUGCUUAUCUCCUUCCUCACCGUGCUUGUCUUCUACCUGCCCUCCGACUGUGGGGAGAAGGUGACACUCUGCAUCUCCGUGCUCCUCUCCCUGACCGUCUUUCUCUUAGUGAUCACUGAGACCAUCCCUUCCACCUCGCUGGUCAUCCCCUUGAUUGGGGAGUACCUCCUCUUCACUAUGAUUUUUGUCACCUUGUCCAUCGUCAUCACAGUCUUCGUACUCAACGUGCACUACAGAACUCCGACCACACACACAAUGCCCACUUGGGUCAAGGCCGUGUUCUUGAACCUGCUCCCCAGGGUCAUGUUUAUGACUAGGCCGACCAGCAGCGAGGGAGAUGCUCCGAAGACGAGGACCCUCUACGGUGCUGAGCUCUCAAACCUGAACUGCUUCAGCCGUACAGAGUCCAAAAGCUGCAAGGAAGGCUACCCCUGCCAAGAUGGGGCAUGUGGCUACUGCCACCACCGUCGGGUAAAAAUCUCAAAUUUCAAUGCCAACCUCACAAGAAGCUCCAGUUCUGAGUCUGUCGAUGCUGUGUUGUCCCUCUCUGCACUGUCACCAGAAAUCAAAGAAGCCAUCCAAAGUGUGAAGUAUAUUGCCGAAAAUAUGAAAGCACAGAAUGUAGCCAAAGAGAUUCAAGACGAUUGGAAGUAUGUUGCCAUGGUGAUUGAUCGCAUCUUUCUCUGGGUUUUCAUCCUGGUAUGCAUUUUAGGAACGGCAGGAUUAUUUCUGCAACCCUUGAUGGCCAGAGAUGACACAUAAACUGUGACCUGUUCGCCGAGGUUCCCCUGUGCUGAUGCCAGGGCACUUUCUCAAUAGUACCAUACUUAAUCUGAUCACUGGCUUGGAGUUGGCUAUUUCAAGGGUUACUUUCAACUCAUCUUGUUUUUUUUUGUUUUGUUUUGUUUUGUUUUGUUUUUGUAAAAAAGAAAUGUGGGAGAAAAAAUGUCUAGUUAUUUAUUAUGGAUAAAUGAACAUUUCCCUACUCCUGUGAUUGAAACUUAACUAGAUAGAAAAUUUUUCUGUUUGUAAAUAUUAAAACCAUUAGUUCAGGAUAUCUCUAGAACUCAUUUGUUCAGCUCACAAACUACUUGAAGUUGUAGAGUAUUCCAGCAGCACCCCAUCACUUCUGUUCUUUAUUAUCUUUCCAAAGGCCAUGCUUCCACUUCUUUACUAUCGUUCCAAAGGCCACACUUCCACUUCAGUAUUUAUGUUGCUGCUCAACCCCAUAUAUCAUACCCUGAGAAAUUACACCUGGUCUCACACUCCUUGUUAGUAGACUACUCUAGCCUGUUCAAGUUGCUAAUUUAGAAAAACAUCCCAUGGAGCCCUGCAAGACUUUAAUCCCAGCACUCCAGAGGUAGAGUCAGAGGCAGGCGGGAUCUCUGUGAAUUCCAGGCCAGCCUGGUCUAAUGAACUCCAGCCCAAGCAGGGCUGCAUAGUGAGACCCUGUCUCAAAACAACACCACCCCACAAACUGGACAACUAAACACAAAGUUAUUUCUCACAGUUUAGGAGCCUGGGAAAUCUAGGAUCAAGGUGCCAGCUAGACUCUCUGGGGAGCAGUCUUCCUCAUAAAACGGACCUUCCAAUGUGUCUCCAAGUGGCUAAAAGGGCUAGUCUUUCUGUAAUCUUUUACGCUUGUCAAGGUAUGCCCUCAUGACCUAAUAAUUUCCCAAACAGUAUUGCAUGGCAGGUUCACUCAAGAGCUGCAGGGAGCCAUCUGGACUCUAGGAUGAGCUGUCAGUGCAAGGCUUCACUAUCAUGGCACUAGGGUUUGGGCUCCAGGGUCCUGCUGGGGAUGUGAGACGUGUGUGGACUUCAGCAGCUGAUGGUUUGCCCACUAGCAUGCCAAGAACAGGCCUGUGUGCCUCGGCUGCAGAGCACCCAGAAUGUUGGAAGUUGUCAAAAUUGGUUAUGCUUGAGAAGCUAUUUGAACAAAUUGAGUUUCUCAUAUUACAUUUCUGAAUCAGAACCACAACUCCUAGAGAGAGUUCACAGAGACCAUUUUGAGUAUUCAUUCACACUAGCUUUUCUCUAUGCAAAAAAUAAAACCUGACAAUUGCAAUUCACUGUGGCCUAUAUUUCAGUCAGUCAAAAGGAGGAGUGUUCUAUGAAAUGUGUUGGCUUACAAAUACCUUAGCAGUGAUUGAGACAUAGGAGAUGAGGGAUAUAUAUUAACUGAGAUAGCUAACAGCAAUUAAUAUUAAACUAGAUUUUAUCAGUGUUCCCUCAUAUUGUUAAGCACCUGAGAUAAUAAACUUUAAAGGAGAAAAUGUG